AUGAGUGAGCCACCGAAAAAACGUCCUCGCCGCGAGGCUCCAGAGCUACCGACCCAUUCGAAAGAGUUUCCAGAAGGCUAUGGCGAUUUCAUCUUCCAAUCAACGGACGGCGUGGUUUUCCACUUCCCGCGUUCUAUCUUGGUGCACGUCUCUCCAGUUUUUAAAGACAUGUUUGCGGGCGACGGCGACAGCGCCCCAAACCAAGAAAUGACGGUUCUUACUGGAGAUUGUGUCACCUUAGAGUACUUCCUUCGUCACAUAGAUCCAGAAAAGGAGACUCCACAAGUGGAAUGGGAUCAUGUGGCCGGUGCGUUGCAAGUCGCCGAAAAGUACCAAGUCAACGACAUCUUCAAAUGGUUCGAAGGAGAAGUGGAUCUGUUGUUAACUUCAGAUCGAUCCUUUGUACUGCCUAAUCCGAUGCUAUAUCUCGAAUUGGCUCGACGCAAUGACCUUCAAAUGACGGCCAGGAUAUCGCUUCGGCAGCUCAUCAAAUGCCCCAUUUGGGAAAUCACGGACAGUCCCCAUGGGGAUACUGCAUUACUGAAGUACAUAUUCAAAUUGCGUGCCGGAAGAAUGGAGGAUUUGGUGAAAGUAAUUUACAAAUAUUCCGAGCUUCCAUACAAACACUCCCCAAAAUGCUUUUACGCAAAGAAAGGUGCUUCUGGCACCAGCUGGAGGCAAUGGGCGAUCCAGGCGAUCGUUUCGGAGCCAAGUUGGUCCGCGGUCCUUCGCGUUUUACUCACCAGCUGUGGUUGCCCCCCUCUGCAGCAUACAAAACAAAGAGAAGAAGUGGAAAGGAUAGAGGCGGAGUUGCCUAAACUAGCUUGGUGA